CUCAAUUUUCUUUGCAACAAUUCUCUCUGAGGAAACUCUUACUCUUUUCUCCUUGUUCAUCUUCUAGUAUCUCUAUCUUCUCUCUCUAAUGGAGUCUAGCCUGCAACUUUGCGUUCCAAACUUGGAAAAUCCACUUGAUUUUGACUGGCUGUACAAUGAAGAACCAUAUGAAAAUUGCUUUACGGGACUUCCACCACUGCCAGAGACUUUCUUUGAUUUCAAUUUUUCGCUUCCAUUACCCUGCCAUUACAAUUCCAAUCACAUGCACAAUAAUAUUCCCUGCAUUGAGUUUCACAAUUUUGAAGAUUUUAGUACUAGUGGGUUUUUCUUGGACAAUGUUGCUCAUUCAUCUCAAUGUGAAGACGUUAUGGUUGAUGAAAAGCCUCAAACGAACAUGAUGAAUUCUUUUACUCACCUUGAAAAUCUUACACAUGAAAAAAGAGGGUUACCAAGUUUGAACGAUAACACAGAAGAAGAAAAGAGGAGCAAUAAUGGUGAUGAUCAUAGGAAAAAAUGUGCUGGACUAGAAUUGAAUGAUAUACAGAAGCAUUUUGAUGUCCCUAUUACUAAAGCAGCUAAGGAAUUGAAAGUGGGCUUGACUGUGCUUAAGAAGAGGUGCAGGGAACUUAACAUCAUGAGGUGGCCUCACAGAAAAAUUAAGAGCUUGAAGUCUCUUAUAAACUCUGUUAAGGAAAUGGGUUUGGCUGAUGAGAUAAUGAUGCUGGAAGAGCACAAAAGGCUUCUAGAAGUGUUGCCAGACACGGAGUUGACUAAGAAAACCAAAAAGCUAAGGCAGGCUUGUUUCAAAGCUAAUUACAAGAAGAGGAGGUCUCUGCAGCUUGCUCAUGCUUGAUUUUGUCAAUUCUCUGACUGUCCAUGUGAAAGAAAUAGAAGGGAUUGUUUCUUAGAGUUAGUCUUAGAUCACACAGAAAAUCUUUUGUCUAGUUUGCAUAUUAAGGAUAGCGCAUCUGUUUAUAUGCCGAAAAUAGAUGAGAAAAAUGAAAAAUAUUACUCUGUUGAUUUGUGAAUGCAAAGAAUCUCUAUCACAGUGAUUUUAGUUUUUCUAUUUUUCACUCUUUCUACAGAUUAACCAGUUAGUCCAAACUAGAAAGCACUGCUUAA